GAAGCUUUCAGCAGUCUGCCGCCUUUGCCGCUUGGUACUCUUGUCUUGGUGAGUAGGAGCGAGUUAGCGAAUGUGACAGGAGAGGUUCACCAACCUGGCCCUAUUGGCCCGGAGCCGGAGGAGGCGGGGCUGUGGCAACUGGAAGCCCUGGGGGUGCCGCGCUGGGCGUUGGAGCAGGAUCACCAAGCCAGUCGGAGCGGAGGUUCCAGCAGUGUGUCUUCGGGGGAGAAGAAGAAGCCCCUCCGAUGGAAGAUCGACGCCAAGGACAAGAAGGUGCCUUUGUCCAGUCUGACCCAUGUAGCUCAGUUGAAACUGAAGAGGGGGGACUUGGUUUCAUUCGCAGCUCGACAUCCGGGUGCACUGACUGCCGAACAGUUCUCAGGCCUCACAGAGGUCCGGGACAUGAAGGAGGUGGUGACGUCAGCGGAGAUCCUAGAUGCUGUGAACAGGGAAGAGAUUUCCCAGGCCUUGGAUGUGCUAUGUCAGCGCAUUCUGGCAAUCCAGGCCGCAAAGCAAAAGGGAGGAACCUGGGAGAAAGCCGAGGCCAUCGAGCUGGUCGACAACAGAAAGUCCCUGGCCAGUGCAUCGAAGGAGCGGCUGGGCUUCAGUGAUUUCUACGGGAGGAUUGCCAACACCCUCCAGGCUCAGGUGAUGACCGAUGAGCCUGUCCUUGGUCCGCAGGGGAUCGACGAUUAUUUGAGGCAUUCUCGGCUCUACUCGGGAAGUGGAGUUGUACUAGCUCUAGGAGUACAAGGUGGAGUCCCUGACAAGGCGGCUGAUGUGCAGUUGGCCGAUCACCUGGACGUCCAUGGGGACGUUGGCUUUGCGGCCCUCCUAUUGACUUGCCGAAGCGUUCAGGAUUGUUGGUGCCUACGCGGAGUUGAGCCCAAUGCCAAAAAGUCGGUCAAUGGUGCAGCAGGUGAAGCAGAUGCAGCCUGCUGGGCGGCAGAGGAUAGGCUGAGGUAUGAUCCGUCUUCAGCGAAGUCUGAGCGGGCGGAGCUGGCGUCUAGUGAGCCAACCGUUGACAUUGCUGAACUGGGUUGCUGGCCAUCACAUCAGCUAUUGUUCAUUCAUUUGUGCGGUGGUCCCCGCCGAUCUGGUGAUUUAUUGGAUGCUGUGGAGAUGUUGGAUGACAAUGGGCAGUUUCGAACCACACCGGCAGCGAAGUAUCCCGUUUGCUGGAUCCCCUAUGACUUUGUGUUCUGUGUCUCUUAUUCCUCGUUCCUACGCUGGGUGAAGAAGCUUUCAUUCUUGCCAGGGGGUGACGGAAUGGUGAUCAGCACUCAUUCCUUUCGUAG